GGCUUUUUCAUUCAAAGCUGACGGAAAAAAAAUAUUGCUUAAAAUCUUGAUCCUUUUUUUACCCACAAAAAUUUUGCAGCUUUCAACAUGGAAAAUCUUCAAGAAAAUCAUCAAAACAUUCAAAUUGAAGAAAUCCCAGAUGAGUUUCAGUGCUGUGUUUGCCUGGAACUUUUGUAUAAACCAGUUGUGCUAGGGUGUGGUCACAUUGCUUGUUUUUGGUGUAUAUUUAAAGCUAUGAAUAGUUGGAGGGAAUCACAUUGUCCGAUUUGUCGACACCCUUAUCAUCAUUUUCCUAGUGUUUGUAGAUUGAUGCACUCUUUGGUUGUAAAGUUGUAUCCUUUAGCUAGUGCAAGAAGGGAAAAACAAGUAGCAGAGGAGGAGGAGGAAGUAGGACAUUGUUCGCCUCAGUUUGAUGAUUAUUUAUCAGAAUCCCGUUGCAAGAAAGAUAGUGUUCCAGACAAUGCUUCACCUCAUUGUGGUCCUUCGCAGAAAUGUGGUUCAGCAGAGGAAGGAGAGCAUUCCUCAGGAGAUGUUUCUUUAGAUCCCGCAACAUCGAGUUCUGAACCCAGUAAGGACGCAAUGUCAAAAGAUCUUAACUUUGCAGGUGAAAUUACCGGAGCAAGUGAAAAGCAGGUGCUUAUGAGAUAUUUGCUUUGUGGUAUCUGCAAGCAGUUGUUAUGCCGACCCGUAGUUCUUAAUUGUGGCCAUGUUUAUUGUGAAAAUUGUGUGAUCAAUCCUAGCGACAAGUUAUGUAGAUGUCCAGUUUGCCAACUGGAGCAUCCAAAUGGAUACCCCAACAUUUGUUUGAUUCUUGCACACUACCUGGAAGAGCAAUUUCCCGAGUUGUAUGCAUCAAGGGAAAAGGCAUCAGCGUACAGAGCUGCUCGUCAGAUGCCAUCAGCACAAAAUCAGGACGAAGCUGCUGGCUGCAAAUCACUACCUAGAUUUGAUCUUUCCGCAUGGUUAACGGGUGGAGGACCGCAAGUUCAUAUUGGAGUCGGUUGUGAUCAUUGUGGGAUGUGUCCUAUUGUUGGGGAACGGUACAAAUGCAAAGACUGCAAGGAGAAAAUAGGAUUUGACCUUUGUGAAGGGUGUUAUAAAAGCUCGUCAAAGCUUCCCGGCAGAUUUAAUCAGCAACACACACCAGAACACCAAUUUGAGUCAGUACAGCCAUUUCAAGUGAGAAAUGUGGUACUGAGGCUUCAACCUGAUCAACUUGAAGUGGACGGCUCCAUUGGCCUAGUUGAAUUUGUAGAGGAUAGUUCCGGUGAGCCACAGCACCUGGACGAAGAUUCCUUAGAGACCAACUCACCUCUAGAUGAUCUAAGAGAUGGUCAGGUGGGGAACAUAUCCUCAAGUGGUACUGGAGACGAUCAAGGUGGGAGAGAAUCUGCGUUGGGGAACAUAUCCUCAAGUGGCACUGGAGACGAUCAACGAGGGAGAGAAUCUGCAGACAGUAUUUAGGCAAAUGCUAUGUCAAUUCUGAUCACUCUUUGCGUUCAUUCUCUCUCUCAUACUCGGCGAAUCAGGAUUUAAGAUUGCAACAAUACUUAUGGGAACUGCUUUUCCGGUUCUACUACUCUUUUACCUAUGGUUUUAUAUCUAUCAUACUGUACAGCUUUAUAUGGAGUAUUAAAGUUAUUGUUCGGUUGGACUUUGUACAUGGAUUCAUAUAAUAAUCGAAAAGAGGGUUAUGCUUCAUGCGAUAUAAA